GCCCAGCCACUCCUUCGGCAACGUCUGUGACGGCACCUCCUCCUCUUCCUCCUCCUCCUCCUCCGAUGAAGAGCCAAACGGGGGUCUGAGGUCCUCCCAUUAUUCUAUGGGCAGUCGAGCUUUUUCCCAUGACAGUAUUUUUAUACCUGAUGGGAGAACAGAGAGUGAACAGGCCAUCCAAGCAAUGUCACAGGAGAACGUUUUAGGAAAAGUCAAAACUCUUCAGCAACAGUUGGGCAAGAAUAUAAAAUUUGGGCAGCCUCCACAAAUGACAAUUUCUGUGAGGACAAUGGGGGAAGCAAACACUGGUAUAGAAGAGGAUGUGUUGCUCAGCAGCCCCAUGGAGAUUGAGACUCAGCAGCAGGACACACUGCUCUCAGACAGCAGUAAUAAAUCCACCAGAACUCCAGAUAUGUGGAGAACAAUGACUUUGGCUGGAACAGAACAUGAACUGGAAGAAAAGGUCCCUCCAGUCAAAUCAUCUCGACCAAAAAGACAAUUUUCUUGUUCUGGCACAAUUGAAACAAUCAAUUUGGAUUCAGUUCCCCAGGCUGUUGCUCGUCUAGACAACAGUGCUGCUAAACACAAGCUGGCAGUGAAGCCAAAAAAACAGAGGAUGUCCAGAAAGCACAAGAGAUUAACAAAGGGAUCACAGAGUUUAACAAUAACAGAAUUUGAGCCAGAAGACUUAGAACCUGAGCUGUAUGGAGACAGAUACCCAGGCUAUAAUGGACACAUCAUAGCAGACAAGCUAAUCCAAAACAGAGAUGAGCAGAAACAGAUUCAUCUGGCAGAGGAGAAAAGAAUUGAAGAUCACUGGGGGAUCUUAGAGGCUGAAAGGAUAAGGCAGAUUGUAGAAAUGGAAGAACAACGAGAAAUGGAAGAACAAAGGUGCCAAGAACUUGAGCAGAUGAAGAAAGAGCAGGAAAGAAGGCAUUGUGAAGAUGAGAGGAAGCAGUAUGUCCUUGAAGAAGAGACAGCUUCAGAAACAGAAGAGCAAACAUGCCAUAAAGAGGAGAGAAGAUUGCUCCAGGAUGGAAAGAGACAAGAGCUGGAAAAGCGAAGGGAGAAGGAGUUGGAGGAGCAACAGAGACAAAAUCUGGAGGAGCAGAGGCAGUGGGAAUGGCAGAAGCAACAGAGACAAGAACUGGAGGAGCAGAAACACCAGGAAUGGGAGGAGCAACAGAGACAGGAGCUGGAUGAUCAGAAACGCCAGGAAUGGGUAGAACAACAGAGACAAGAGCUGGAGAAGCAGAAACGCCAGGAAUGGGUAGAACAACAGAGACAAGAGCUGGAGAAGCAGAAACGCCAGGAAUGGGUAGAACAACAGAGACAAGAGCUGGAGAAGCAGAAACGCCAGGAAUGGGUAGAACAACAGAGACAAGAGCUGGAGGAGCAGAAACGCCAGGAAUGGGUAGAACAACAGAGACAAGAGCUUGAGGAGCAGAAACGCCAGGAAUGGGAAUGGGUAGAACAACAGAGACAAGAGCUGGAGAAGCAGAAGCACCAAGAACAGGAGGAGCAGAAGAGACGAGAGCUGGAGGUGCAGAGGCACCGGGAAUGGGAGGAGCAACAGAGACAAAAGCUGGAGGAACAGAAACACCAGGAAUGGGUAGAACAACAGAGAAAAGAGCUGGAGGAGCAGAAGCGCCAGGAACAGGAGGAGCAAAGACAUCAGUUGGAGGAACAGAAGCAUCAGGAAUGGGAAGAGCAGAGGCGCAAGGAGCUGGAGGAGAGACAGAGACAAGAGCUGGAAGAGCACAAGAGGCUACAGCAGAAAGAAUUAAGGCAACAUGAGAUUGAAAAACAGUAUCAAGAGAAAGAAGAAGGAAAUUGGCUGAAGGAACAAAAAGAACUCAAGGAACAAAAUAAGGAAGAAAAUCAGAGACAAGAGCUAGAAGAGGAACAGCUUCAAGGAGCUGAAAUAAAAAUUAAGCUGGAGAAAGAAGCUGAGAGCCUCAAACAACAGAAGAAACAGGAGGAACAAAAGCCGCAUUUAAAGGAAAAAGGAGAGAAGAUAGAGAAUGAUCAACCCCACCAAGUAAUGGAUAAGAAAAAUAAACUGGAAGAGCAGAGAAAACGCAAGUUCACAAGACAAAUGCACAUGGAAAGUGCAGAUACUGUACUACAAGAUGAACUGAAGCAGCAAAAGGAACAAAAUGAACAAGAAUGGAAUAAGCUGGAAGAGCAGGAGGUAAACACAGAAGGACAAAACCUUCCACAAACCCAACCAAAAAAAUUCUUGGAACAGCAACAGGAUGAGGAUCAGUUGCAUUCUGGAGGGGCUGAUCAGCAUCCGGUAGAGCAGAAUCUUCAAGAAGGAUCAAAAUCCUCAAACCUCAAGCAGACAGAAAAAGGAAAUAAAACAGCAGAAGAAGUCCUAGCCCAGAAACUGAAGAGAGAAGUUGAGGCUCAGGAGCAAAAGCGAAUAGGAGAAGAACUUAGGUGGCAAGAGGUAGAUGAAAGACAGACCACAUCCAGACCCUUCACGUUUCAAGUGUCUUCUGGAGAUAAACAGAUCAUAUUUCAGAAGGUCAAUCUGAGUCCAGUCAUGCCUGUCAAAGGAGCAGGACUUUCUUCUCCAUCCACCAAAGACUACAGGAUGCAGGCUUCCAGCAAGGGCUCACAUACACUCCCAUCAUCUGUGUGUGUACCCCACACAGCUAUUUUGGUUACUGGAGCACAGCUGUGUGGCACAGCUGUUAACCUGAACCAAAUAAAGGACACAGCUUGUAAGUCAUUACUUGGCUUAACGGAUGAGAAAAAAACCAUGGAUAUUCCUUCACCAGAGAAGGCCCAGAAAAAGAAACAGGAUCCCAAACCCAGCAGCAGUAGGAUGAAAUAUGCACAAGAGACACUGAACAACCAGGCUGUGCUUGCUGAGUGGGCUUCCAUCCGCUCCAGGAUCCUGAAGAGCGCAGAAAAUGGCAAAUACAACGAGAGGGUAAGUGUCUGCAGACACAGUGAUGACUGGACACCCCGAGGACGAGGAGGUUCCCAUGGCAACUUGAGGAAAACCCUGUCUGCAAACGCAAAGUUUUCUAUAACACCAGCAUGGCAAAAAUUUUCAGAGGCUUCCAAAGCCAAUUCAGAUGCUGAGAAUGUCAGUGCAGCAAAAGGCAGUGAAACGGUGGCUGCAAACAGAAUCACUGGCUCAUCCACGGAUUCAAAGGAGGAUGUGGCUCCCACUCUAAAGGAUAAUGUAGCUGAGAAGGCUAAGGAGAAAAUUGAAACCCAGAGUGAAAUGGCAGACAACACGGAAGGCUGUAAAUAUGCAAAAGAUCUUCCAUCUUUCCUUGUUCCAAGUUUUCCUCAUUCUCCAGGCAAAGAAUUACCCCAGGCAGAACUUCCCAGUGCUGUGGAAAAUCAGCAGAAUAACGGCACAAACCCCCCAGAUAAACCAGCUCCAAAUGGAGAAGAAAACGUUUCUCCUUUUGGGAUAAAGUUACGAAGGACAAACUACUCCUUACGUUUCCAUUAUGAUCAACAGGCAGAGCAAAGGAAAAAGAAAAGAUACAGUGCAGGAGAUAGUUUUGAUGGUGUGCCUGACCCACUAGGUACGGCAGAAGGUGAGAAUGAGUCCACUGUUUUUGCUCCACAAGAGAGUACGUCCCCUGGCAUGGGGAGGGUGAAUGUCCCUGAUAACUUAAAAGACUCAAAAGACUCUCCAGUUACUGUGCUGGAGGCUUCACAACCAGUGGGUUCACCAGUGGUCCUACCAUCCACUGGUCAGAGUGCUUUACCCCCUGCAAUCAAGUCACUGGCCCCACAGAAACCUGCGUUAGCUCCAAAGCCCACCAGCCAGACACCACCAUCAUCUCCUCUCUCUAAAAUCAACAGAUCAAACCUAGCUGAUGCCCUAGGGCAAAGGUUGGUGAAAGCUGAAUCAGAUGGUGGCUGGAAAAAAGAAGGCACAGCAAACGCAGUGCUCCCCACACCAUCCAAUGAGUACAAAAAUGAAGAGGAAGAAAUCAGAGAAAAGAAGUCAUUUUUCCCAUCUUUAAGUAUUCCAUGGAGAGAAAAGAAUGAGAAAAAGCCUGAGCCUUUGAAGAAAGAGAAACCAGUCCUCCAGAGCAGGCACUCUUUAGAUGGCUCUAAAUUGAUGGAAAAAGUUGAAACUUCACAACCGCUUUGGAUUACAUUAGCACUGCAAAAGCAAAAAGGAUUUCGUGAGCAGCAAGCUACAAGGGAAGAGAGGAGACAAGCCAGAGAGGCAAAGCAAGCAGAGAAGCUGGCUAGAGAAAUGGCUGCUGCAAGUAAUCAGUCAGACAAUAAAAGCAACAAUAGCAAAACAAGCACACUGCAGAAAUCAACAACUCAGGAAGGGGAGAAGAAAACUGAGACUGCUGUGUCAAGACUAGAAAGAAGGGAGCAGCUAAAGAAAUCAAACACCCUUCCAACUUCUGUGACAGUGGAAAUUUCAGAUUCUGUUCCAUCAACUCCACUGGCAAAGGAGGUUGCCAAGAGAUUCUCUACGCCUGAUGCUAACCCUGUGUCAACAGAACCAGCCUGGCUUGCAUUAGCCAAGAGGAAAGCAAAAGCCUGGAGUGACUGUCCACAGAUCAUAAAGUAA